AUGCUGGAAGUGCUGGUGGAAACUGAUAAUUUGGAAAAGGAUGGAGGCCUGAUAAUCUUUAUUGAAGAAAAUUUGAGCAACAAUAUGCUGCAGGACGUGAAUUUGAGCGCGUUUACAGCACUACAGCAAGCGGAACUGGCCAACAACUCACUCACCACCAUACCACUCAAUCAGCGUGACGCAGCGACAAGCAACAUUGUAUCACUCAAUCUGAAUAACAAUCAAAUUGUGCAGGCAACAGCAGUGAGUAGCGCCAACUUACGCGAGCUGCACUUGAGCGGCAAUCAAAUCACUCAAUUGGCGCAUCUCAAUCUCUCCAUGCUGAGCACACUGGAAACACUCGAUCUGUCGUGYAAUCAAAUCGYCGAGCUCGAGACUGCGUUCUUUCCGCAGCGCAUGCACUUUCUGAAGCACCUCAAUUUGGCWUACAAUCGCAUUGGCACCAUCUACCGGGCGACCUUCUACAAUUUGCUCAGCUUGAACACGCUACUACUGAGUCACAACAACAUUAGUGAUAUUGAUUAUGAGACCUUUCUGGCAUUGCCGAAUCUACAGUUUUUGGAUUUGUCGCACAAUCAGUUGCGUGGCGAAGCUAUACGUGCGCUCCARGGCAUACCAGAUUUGGUGCGUCUCUCGAUUGCUUACAACCCGGAGGUGGGCGCAGCUAUGCAGGAAUUUGUUGCCUCGUGGAGCUUGAARGAAUUGGAUGCAAGCGGUACGGGCUUGUGUCAGAUACCGGCGGCCUUGGCACAGUCGGUGCGAACGCUUAAGCUGACCGACAACUGGCUAAAGAUUAUCAAUUGCGGUGACUUGGAUAGCUACCCGUUGCUGCAGUAUCUCGAUCUCUCGCACAGUCGCAUCGAAGAUAUCGAAGACGAUGCGCUUGGCCGCUUGGAGAUACUCGAAACGCUCUUCCUCGACCACAAUCGCCUGCGCAAAGUGCCCGUCAGCCUACCCACCUCGCUGGAGCAUCUCUUCUUGCAGCACAAUGAAAUCAUGGAUUUGCAAGCGCAAACCUUMCAAGGACUCAAUAAUCUGCAAACGCUCGAUCUCUCGGGUAAUAAACUGCUCUAUUUGCCAGCGCUGCCGUUGCCCAAAUUGCUGACACUCAAUUUACGCGCGGCCGGCUUGCGGGGCGUCAGCCAAGCCAUGGUGCACACGUUGCCGCGUUUGCRUGACCUGCUGCUCGAUGAGAAUCCAAUUAAGUGCAGCGAUUUGCUGAGCAUUGCCGAGUGGGCGACUCCGUGUAGGAUUGUGGAGCGCAACGGUCCAGCUGACAGCAGCAACAUUACGGCAGAGGAGAGCUAUAAUAUCGAGCGCAAUAGUAUUAUGGGCGAUUUGGGUGAGGAGCAGCAACAACAACUGGACGGCGAUAAUCGCAUUGGCAGCAUUGGCAGCAUUGGCGACGGCGAGGAGCAAGUAAUUGCCCUGAGUGCAAGUGCAGCUAAACUGGGUCAGCAAAAAGCCGAUAAAGCAGUGGCGACGGCAAGCGCGGAGACCACGGAUGCGGCGGAGGCAGCCACAAAUAUCGAAUUGAAGCAGAAGUUUGUGCGGAUGCACAAUUUUUUCGAAAAGUUUAAGAGUAAUUGCAACGUUAAAAGACAAUCGGCUGUAAGCAUGCCAGCACCCGCAYCCACACYCACACCCACACCCGCUUGUGCUGUUGAGUGGGAGGCGAGCGGCGAGCAGGCGCCGCAAGYGGAUGCAGGCAGUGGAGGGGUGACCAGCGAGCUCACAUUCAAUUUGCCAAACGAAUUGCGAACGCAAAGCGAGAAAUUAAAUGUGAAAGCAACCGCAACAGCAGCAACAACAACAACAAUGCCAAAGAAGGAUACGCUUGGUGAAGCCAUGAGCAGCAGCGUUGAGGCGAAGGCCAAAUCGGGCGCGCCGCGUCAGAAGAAGUCUAAGAAGGAGGUGAAGAAUGUUAAAGCUGAGAUGAAACUUUUCAAGUUUAAUCAAAAGAAUUUUACGCCUGAAAUGGCAGAAAGUUCAGAGGCAACAACAAGAACAGAUGAUGCAACAGCAACGCUUGCAACCAACGGAACGGAAGCACCAUUUGAUUAUAAGACACAGCAACUUGCCACUGUUGCAACAGGAAGUGGUGCGGCAAACAUUGCCAAUUUAUUGAGACAACAAAUUACUGCAACAACAAUGCCGGCAUUGAUACUAAACAGCAGCACAACAACAAGUAUACUAGAAAAGCUUCCAACAACAACAACAGUGSCAGAAAUUGUUGAAGCACCCAGUGGAGCGGCAAAAACUAUGUUUCCUGCAACGUUGCAAUACCCAGUUAGUGACGUUGAAGCGAGUGAUGCACAAACAAUAACAACAACAACAAGCGCGUUAAAUGCUAAACUGACAGCGACGUCAUCAUUAAAUAAUACCAAAGAGAUUUCCGUUAACGAAAAACAGCAGCGACUAGAUAAUGCAGCUGCAACAGCUACAAGUACAACAAAUAGCGCUGAUGUUGCAACUUCAUUGGAAAUGGCAAAAAAUGCCAGCACAGCAAGAACAGCACAACAGCUGUCGGAGCGAAUUUCAGCAACGUCAACAACUGAAAGCAGCAAUAAUAACACUUACAUGAAGACAACAACGGCUACAAUAACAACAACAACAACUUUACAAGCAACUACAAGCAGUAAAAAUGUAACAGCAAGAUACUUGCAAAUGAAACGCUCACAAGCAGUGCCUGACGCACGAGCAACACAUGCAACAAAACGUGUUGCAGCAACAAAGUUGAUAAACGCCGACGAAGCAACAUUUGGGCAAAUGAGCGUUGGCGCGCUGCAAACAGGUCAGAGUGACGCGGCAAAAAGUGAAUUGACAACACAAAAGGCAGCAGUGUUAGUGGAAACAACAACAACAMAGGUUAUGCCAACAACACAACAAUUGGCAGAGGCAACAAUACAGACAAAGUCAGUGGCCAAACAGAAAGUAGAUAACAAUUUAACUCGAAAUGACAGCGACAAUGACGGCCAUAAAGUGCAGGCAAACAAGCUAGAAGCGACGGAGGAGCAGGACAACGAACAGAGCAUGAUAGUGGCAGCAACAACAAUGGCAGUAAACGAAUUGGCAAAGCCAAAGACAACACAAUUUUGGCAGCAACAUAAUUUUAAACGGGCAAAUCCGUAUCCAAACGACAUUUCCGGUCAGCAACGRCACUCGRCGGAGGAGCCRRGAGUGGCAGCUGSARGMACUACUGAGCACAACAUAAAAAUAGAGACCAUAAUGCAACCAACAACAAGCAGCACAUAUGCGCCAACACACAAACACGAGCCGCUACAGCUGCACAUACGAGAUCGACAUUUAAUUGGAACACCGCUGCUCAUGCACCGCGGCCAAAAUAUGCUGGUGGAGGCGGCCGARGUGCUUAAGCAAACCACUGUGACGGUAAAAUCAACAACAACAAYCACAACACCAAUAMCAAAACUCCGCAAAGCAAGCACUUUGAAGAUAACAAACGAGCCAGCUUUGGCCAAAAGCCAGCCAACGGAAGCCGAACAUCAAGAGUACAGUCACCCCAGCGAUGGGCGGACGGUAGCAAAGCAGCAGCGGAGUGCUCUGAAGGCACAUCAGCAGUCAAAUAACUUCACCCAUACCGAGCGCUCACAGGCGGAAGCAAUAAACGUGCARACAAAUGUGACGCCAGGGCUUAGAAUUGGUGGCGCGGUGCUAGAAAGCAACCAGCAGCAUAACGAUAGUCCUGCAGAUAAGCAAAUGUUGGCAGGAAAAGCAGUGAAUACAAACAAAACAACAACAAGAGCAAAGUGGAUAGAGACCACCGCCGCUACCACAACAGAUAACAUAAACAACGAACAGCAUAAAGUAAAAGCUAGUGGAGCGUACAGCAAAGGCAGGCAGCAUGAGUUGGAGCACAAAGCGUUGCCAAAGAAACACGACGAUAUUGGCGGUGGUGGCAGCGGUGGCGGUAGACGCAAACCCACUUUGAUUAUGAAGAAAAUGACCAUACAAACACAGCACACCAAGCACACACAGACGCCACAUCAGCAGGCGCACUACAUGCUCAAUACGCCKCGCGAAAAUGAAGCUGUGUUCCGCGACCGCGGCGUUGCGGCCGCAGCUGGUAUACCACAAGCGCUCGCGGGCAAACUUUUAAAAGCGAAUAGCGAAACAGCAGCAAAUGGCAUUACACACGACUGGUUUGAAASCGGCAGUGAGCUAGCAGAACUUGCGGCWACGCACAACAUAGCGCCGCAACAUAAGCAUAGCACCGUUAACACGCCCAUCAUUAGAGAUGAUAAUCACGCGCACUUGCUCGCCGCCAUGGAUGAGGUGGCUACGCUGCAAAACUUGGAUGCGCCCACAGCACAGCACUCGAUCAGCAGUCAGCGGCGCGACCACGAGCCACUGCAAGUACAAGAGCGCGCCGCCUUGCACUCGCAGCGACAACAAUGGUUGGAUGUGCGCGAAGUGGGUGGCGGCACAACACAUCCAGGCAUUGUGCUGUUACUCUCCUUUUCACUGCUUGCCGUGCUCUUAGUCGGACUGAUGCAUGUCUAUCGCUGUGAUGUGUUGCCAUGGCGGCGACAUUUGCUGUCACAUCAACAGCGACCACAUUUGCAGCGUCAAUUCAAUGGCGGCGCCGAUGAUGACGCGCACAGCUUCUUGCAUUAUCACAAUAAUGGUGAGGGGCAACAGCAACAGCAACGCGCACAGCAACCGCCGCGCUGGCAUCAUGGCGAGCGCACACGCGCAAACUAUAGCUCACCGCUGCACAACUUACAUGUGCGCGAGCUGCAAAAGACAUCCGCCGUGGAAGUGGAGGCGGCAACGCGCAUCACKCGCAGCUAUUAUGAUGUACGGCCAUUUGAAAAGUCCACUACGGCCGCGCGACRUCACGGCAGCGCCGGCAGCAACGCGAGCGGUGGCAGUGGUGAGGUGUCGCGCAAUAGCAGCAGCAGUCUAAGUAGCACACGUUCGUCCUCCACCGCGGGCAGUAUGGAGGCGGAUGAUGCUUUCUAUGUGGAAAUGGCAGCAGAGUGUGGUCAGCUGGGUGGUUGUGUGAGCGCGAAUGAUGCCCUACACUGUGACAUGUUGCCAAUGGAGUUGUUGACAGUUACAGCGGCGUGUAAGCGCUCUGAUGAAUGCAAUGCCGACACAGCGUUGCAUGCGGCUGCGAGCCAGCGCGCGGCGGAUGCCAAUAUAGAUAUUGAGCGGAAUGCGGUGAUAGGCGAAAAACAAGCAUACAAAGCACAGUCAUGUGGUGGCAAUAGCGCGCCGUUAAUCAAUGACAGUCGAAGAAAAGUGAGUGCCAAAACAGCAACAGCGUCGUCAUCUACACGUAAAUUCGAUCUGUGGUGA